CGUACUUUCCAUGCAGUAGAUAUAUAUAACUUAACGCUUAUUGUAAAAUUUAGUGGCGUCAUUUACAGAUGCCUACAGGUACCUUUAAAGGAAUGCCUUCUCUGCAUUCAACAUGAUUUCUUAAGAUAUUUGUACAGGCCACGACGAAGGAAAUAUACAACACAAAAAACCCGUUCCCAGUUUUAUUUUGAUUAAGGCCUGGCCCAGAAAAUUUUACUGUGCAGGUGGAGAGACCUAAAACUUACUGGUGAUUUUAUCUGACUUCGUAAUAUUUUUGAACCACCGGUAUUGCUGUUACAAAGAUAAUAAUAAGAUGUAUGGAAUUUAUACCAUUUUCAAACAUCGGAUUCUACAUAUCGUUUUGAUUUUUUACCUUUGUUUCUGUUGUGUUGACUCAAGUUGUUCUCCAAACCCAUGUCAAAACGGUGCAGAAUGUGUGGAGGCGACACAGAAUCCGGGCUACUUUUGCAAAUGUCCAGUCGGAUUCCAUGAUCAAGAUUGCGACAAAGACUCAUUAACCACUUGUCAGGAAAGUUAUUAUGGUGAGGUCGGCGAAAUAUUUUCUCCAAAUUUUCCUGAAUUCUACAACAAUCGUGAUUAUUGCCUGUACUAUAUCAAAGUUCCUUCAGCAUCCCAUAUUGUUCUAAACUUCACCUUUUUCGACGUCGAGGAUCAUAAAGAUUCGUUAGAAAUCGGACCAGGGCCAUACGCAGACUAUAAUCUUCCAGAUGUGACGUACUUUGAUGGUCACGUGGCACCUCCACCGUUAGAUGUGGAGUCGAACCAACUGUUCAUGAUGUGGAGUACGGACAGAAAUCUUCAGUUUCAGGGCUGGCACAUACGGUAUACUUCAGUUGAGGGUCCACCUGUCCUUCUACCAGUCACUAACCAUGGCGACUCUUGGGCCAAUGUUGAGUGGCGCUUAUCGCCUUUGGUACCCGUCGAGUACUUUAUUGUCACGUAUUCGGGUGAUGUUGAUAACAUGGAAAUGUCCACCACUGUGGAUAGAAGGGAAGACUUUACUACGUAUGUGGCGGAUUUGAACCCUGGACAAGUGUACACGUUUAUGGUGACGUCAGUGUUCUAUGACGAGCAGACUGAGAGUAACACGGAGACGCUUGAUCUUAGAUUUGGUGCACCAUAUUUGCAGCCGAUUACAAACUACGAUGGGGACUACGCAUCUCUGGAAUGGUCAUACAGUGGUUCUGCAGAUAGUUUCAAAGUUCGCUACCAAGCCGCCUCUGACGGUUCCGUAAGUGAACAGACGUUCGCAGGGUCCGACAGAAGUGCCAGGAUUGAAAACCUGACGCCUGGAGAGAGUUACGCAUUCAGUGUCAGUGCUGUUAGUCAAGUUGACGGGACCGAAGCGCAAUCAAACCAAGUAUAUUUUAAUUCUGCUACCGGAUCUGCGGAAGAUUCACCAUUCCUUCAGCAAAUCACAGCAUCCGGUUCAAACGGUGCUCAGUUGCAGUGGAAUUAUGAUGGCAACGCAGACGAGUUUAUAGUGAGUUAUCGUAGUGAUGGAAGCUCAAUGGAACAAACGAUGACAGUAGCUGGGUCUGAAAGAAGUGCCAUUGUCAGUGAUCUUGCCGCUGGAGAAAAUUACCAGUUCCGUGUGUUGGCAGUAACUUCUGGUGGUGCAGAACAAUUCGCUUCCAACUAUGCAACUUUCAACUCGGACAGUGGUCAAAGUGUAAUUGCACCACAAGCAAGAGAGAUAUCCGAAUUCUCUUCAAGCAGCGCAAAUGUAGCGUGGGAAUACGAGGGCUCCACACCAGAUUCAUUCUUUAUCCGCUACAGUACAGACGCUACCGGGUCUGAUAAACAAGUUGCCGUCGUAGAUGGAUCUGCUCGUAGUGCUAACAUAGACGGACUAUCACCUGGUUCAGCAUAUUCUUUCUCAAUUUCUGCUCUUGUCAAUGGAUCAGAAUAUAUGUCUAGUCCAGUAUACUUCACGACACCUCUUGGAUGUGAAACAAAUCCUUGUACCAAUGGAGGCGUUUGUCUCACAGUUGGGGAUACGUAUAGCUGCGAUUGCCAACCAGGAUUCAGUGGCGACAAUUGCCAAACAAAUGUAGAUGACUGUAGUGGAGUGGCAUGCCUAAAUGGAGGCGCAUGCGUGGACCACACUGACGGAUUUGAUUGUGUCUGUACAGAGGGAUUCAUAGGGACAACUUGUGAAGUUGAAAUCAACGAAUGUGACAGCAAUCCUUGUCUAAACGGAGCGACGUGUGAAGACCAAAUUAAUAGCUUUAAUUGCAUCUGUGUCACCGGGUACUUCGGUGGUCGCUGCAGGAACAACCGCAAUGAUUGUAAGAAUUCCCCUUGUCAGAACGGUGGCACGUGUAUUGACGGUCUUGGACUUUACACUUGUCAAUGUUUAGUCGGUUUUGAAGGAAAUGAUUGUGAAAUAGAUAUCAAUGAAUGCCAAGUAGAUCCAUGCGUCAACGGAGGAGUGUGUGACGAUCAACCUGGUAAAUUUGUCUGCAACUGCCCUCUGGCGUUUGUCGGCACAACAUGUCAGACAGUUGCUGUUCAUUGCUUGUCUCAACCUUGCCAAAACGGCGCUCGAUGUGACGAGGAUGCGGCCCGCUACUGGUGUGAGUGUGUUGAAGGCUACGAAGGAACAAACUGCGAGAUAGAUAUUGAUGAUUGUUCACCAAACCCUUGUCAAAAUGAUGGCGUGUGUACAGACGCUGUGGCAGCAUUUACUUGCACAUGCGCAGCAGGCUUUACUGAUACACUCUGUGAAACAGAUAUUGCCGAAUGCGCCAGCGCACCGUGUCAAAAUGGAGGAGUCUGUAUCGAAGGAACUAAUAGUUACGUGUGCGCAUGUCAGGCUGGAUACACUUCUACACAUUGCGAAAUAGAGGUGAAUGAAUGUGAAAGCGCACCAUGUUUGAAUAAUGGGGUCUGCGAAGAUCUUUUAAAUAAAUACACCUGUACAUGCCCAGUGGGAUUAACAGGAGACAAAUGCGAAAUCAAUGUUGAUGACUGUGCUGCAAAUUUGUGUGAGAAUGGGGCAGCAUGUACAGACUUGAUUAACGGUUUCACAUGUCAGUGCUUGGAUGGGUUCACAGGUGAUACGUGCCAAACGAAUGUUGAUGACUGUGCUGCAAAUUUGUGUGAGAAUGGGGCAGCAUGUACAGACUUGAUUAACGGUUUCACAUGUCAGUGCUUGGAUGGGUUCACAGGUGAUACGUGCCAAACGACUUCAGAUCCGUGUACCAGCAAUCCUUGCCAAAACGGUGGAGCGUGUCUCAACUCUGUGUCAUUCUACGCAUGCCAGUGUGCCACAGGCUAUAGUGGAACGCAGUGCGAAACUGAAAUUGACGAGUGCGCAACAGGACCAUGCAGAAACGGUGCUACGUGCGUAGAUUUAGUAAAUGCUUACGGAUGUCAGUGUGUUGAUGGGUAUACUGGAACUAAUUGCGACGUUGAUAUUAAUGAAUGUGCAACCAGUCCCUGCAGAAAUGGUGGCCUGUGUACUGAUAGAGUAAACGGGUUUCAAUGCACAUGCGUACCAGGGUACAGCGGGGAUUUAUGUCAAACCGAGGUGGACGAGUGUAUUUCAAGGCCGUGUCAGAAUGGUGGUGUUUGUGAAGACCUUGUAAACGCCUAUAGCUGUACGUGUCUACCUGGAUUUACAGGCAACACGUGUCAGACAGAAAUUGACGAAUGCGCAAGUAACCCCUGUAUGAAUAAUGGAGUUUGCCUGGAUUUUGCCAAUAGUUACCGAUGUGAAUGUGCGGGCGGGUUUACGGGAACCAGAUGCGAAUCAGAAAUAAACGAAUGUGCAACUGUACCUUGCCAGAAUGGCGGCCUUUGUGUUGACAUGAUAAACACAUAUAUUUGCGUUUGUACAAUAGGAUAUGAAGGAACCAAUUGUGAAACAGAGGCCAAUGAAUGUUUAAGUCGUCCAUGUCUGAACGGAGGUUUAUGUAUCGAUCUUGAGAAUGCUUACCAAUGCCUGUGCAGCGCAGGUUUCGCUGGAGCUUCGUGCGCCACAGAGAUAGUGGAAUGUGCAAGUGACCCGUGUAUGAACGGGGGUUUAUGUCUUGACAAAGUUAAUGCUUAUCAGUGCCAAUGUCUCCCAGGUUAUAUUGGAACACAAUGUGAACAAGACAUUAAUGAAUGUAAUGGCGAACCGUGUGAGAAUGGGGCCGUAUGUGAAGACCAGGUGAAUGCAUACCUCUGUCAUUGUGCCGGUGGCUUUUCGGGAUCCAACUGCGAAAUAGAAUUGAAUGAAUGUACAAGUAGCCCUUGUCAGAAUGGAGGCGUAUGUCAAGAUAUCAUCAAUGGAUACGUGUGCUCAUGCGCGGACGGAUUCAACGGAACGCAUUGUGAAAUAAACUUUAAUGAGUGUGAAAGUAACCCGUGUAUGAACGGGGCGUUGUGUGUUGACCUGGCAAAUGGAUAUCAAUGUGAGUGUAUUGCUGGUUACACUGGAGUCACGUGUGAACGAGAAGUAAAUGAAUGUGCAGGAUCACCAUGUGAAAACGAGGCUACUUGCGUGGAUUUAUUGAAUGCUUAUCGAUGCGAUUGUAAACCUGGAUUCUCUGGUUUAAACUGUGAAAUAAAUAUUCAGGAGUGUGCAAGCCAGCCGUGUCUUAACAAUGGUGUGUGCGUCGACGGUGUCAACUCUUACGUCUGCCAAUGUCCAGAAGGAUAUUUGGGAACGCACUGUGAAAUUGAGAUUGAUCAAUGUGAAGUUAAACCAUGUCAAAAUGGUGGUGUCUGUGAAAAUUUCAUCACAUCAUUCGUCUGCCACUGCUACCCAGGAUUCAUUGAGGUUGACUGUAGUACUGAGAUCAACGAGUGUAAUAGCAACCCAUGUUUAAAUGGUGCCACGUGCGUUAACAGAAUAAACUUUUAUCAGUGUAUGUGUGUUAGUGGAUAUACAGGAACAAAUUGUGAAACCGAAAUCAACGAAUGUUUCAGUAAUCCAUGUGAAAAUGCAGGCGAUUGUGUUGACUUAUUGAAUGGUUUCAACUGCACAUGCUCAGGUGGAUUUACUGGCGAUACUUGUCAGUUGGAAAUUGACGAAUGUUCCAGUUCUCCUUGUCUCAAUGGUGGGACGUGCGUGGACAGACGCAACGCUUACCUCUGCGAGUGCACGCCUAAGUUCAAAGGAGAGAAUUGUGAAAUUGAAUUGUCAGUGUGCGCCAGCAAUCCUUGUCUCAAUAGUGGACAGUGCGUGGAUAACAUUGAUUGGUACAUAUGUAAUUGUACUGCAGGUUGGAUUGGUGUUAACUGCAAUGUUGAGGUGGAUGAGUGCUUAAGCAAUCCGUGUCGCAACAACGGCCAGUGCUCUCACGGAAUUGAUGUAUUUACCUGCCGAUGCUCGGAGGGAUACACAGGUCUAUUGUGUGAAACAGAACUUGAUGAGUGUGCAAGCCAGCCGUGCGCUAAUAAUGGUAUAUGUGUGGAUGGAAUUGCUUCUUUUACUUGCUUAUGCACAUACGAGUUUACCGGUGACUUAUGUGAACUGGAAAUCAACCCAUGUCAUAGUGCCCCCUGUCAGAACAACGGUAACUGUCUAAAUUUUGUAACUUCUUUCGCCUGUCAAUGUCUUCAAGGCUUCACUGGGCAAUUAUGCGAACAAGAUGUGGAUGAAUGUACCAGCCAGCCUUGUCGCAAUGGUGGAGAAUGCUUGAAUCUCGUCAAUUCCUUCCAGUGUACUUGUCAAAGUGGAUACGCUGGGACAACAUGCAGUACACUAAUCGACCAAUGUUUAACUGACCCGUGCAAAAAUGAGGCAACGUGUUUGAACCAGGUGACGUCAUAUAUCUGCGUCUGCGCUGACGGAUGGACAGGUGAAACCUGUGAAACAGUGGAUCCCUGCUCCGGUAACCCAUGUUUGAACGGCGGUAGUUGUGUUUCACAAUAUUAUUAUUAUACUUGUCGAUGUACCGGUGGCUAUGUUGGUGUCAGAUGUGAAUACGACGUAGACGAAUGUUCCAGUUCCCCCUGUCUGUACGGAGGGACUUGUGUAAACGAACUGAAUUCCUUCACGUGUCUUUGUUUGCCACUUAAUUCUGGGACAUUUUGUGAAAUUGUUAGCAGUGCGUGUACCAGCAACCCAUGUCAAAACGGCGGUGCUUGCAGUGGACAGUCUGAGUACUUCUGCGCAUGUCCAGUUACAUGGGGUGGUACAAACUGUGAAAUAGCACUGAACGCCUGUGAAAAUUCUCCGUGUUUGAAUGGUGGUACGUGUAACAACUUCUUUACGCACUUGACGUGCACUUGCGCAGAAGGUUUCACGGGGUCUUUAUGUGAACAAGUUACCAAUCCAUGCGUAUCAAAUCCAUGUCUGAACGGAGGUCAGUGUGCUAAUUACGUCACGUACUACCAAUGUGUCUGUACAUCUGGUUGGAGUGGGACAAAUUGUGAACAAGCACGUGCACUGGAGUGUAGUGAAGAUAUGUGCAAGAAUGGAGGAACUUGCGUGGAAGAGACGGGCAGUGUUGUCUGUCAAUGCGAUGGUGGAUGGACAGGGGACAUGUGUCAAUACGCUAUCAAUGAAUGCAAUAGUCAACCCUGUCAAAAUGGUGGCACUUGUUUCGAUGACGUAAAUACAUUUUAUUGCGUUUGCGUGAACGGUUGGCAUGGGGACGCAUGCGAAAUAGCCGUGAACCUUUGUGAUGCAAAUCCAUGUUUAAAUGGCGGCCUUUGUGCCAACUAUCAAGUAUCAUAUACGUGUACUUGUCCUCCUGAAUUUUCUGGCAGCAACUGUGAACAAGGUGUGAACGCGUGUACUAAUGCAAGUUGUCUGAACGGUGCCUCCUGUAAUAAUUUCUAUACAUAUUACACAUGUUCCUGUGCACCCGGAUUUUCAGGUGAAAAUUGUGAAAUAGUACCUGAUGUGUGUGAAAGCACUCCGUGUCAAGGAGGUGGAGUAUGUGUCAAUAACAAUGGCUACUAUGAAUGCCAAUGUCCCGACAAUCGAGUUGGAAUUAAUUGUGAAACGCUGUUGACGGCAUGUUUUACAAGUACCUGUGGCAACGGUGGCACCUGUAUUGAUUUCUUUAGAUAUUCCAGGUGUGAGUGUGCACCUGGUUGGACUGGUAAAGACUGCUAUACAGCGAUUGAUCUUUGCAUAAUCGCAAAUUGCCAGAAUGGCGGAACGUGUAGAAACUUCCAGACGUACUAUGAAUGUACCUGCCCGGAAUCGCAUACAGGGCCUCACUGCGAUCAAAUUGUUGAAAUCAGCAGUUGUGAGAGUAGUCCGUGUUUGAAUGGUGGAACAUGUGCAGAUGUUGACGCUGGCUAUACAUGUUACUGCAUGCCCAACUAUGAAGGCUUCAACUGUGAAAUCGCAAUAAGUCAGUGUUCAGAAAAUACAUGUGCAAAUGGAGGUACGUGUGUGGAUAUGGCACCAAAUUACCGAUGUGAGUGUGGGAGCGGCUGGGAUGGAAACCAUUGUGAAAUAGCUAUAGAUGCCUGUGUUAGUAACCCAUGCCAAAAUGGCGCCACUUGUCUCAACUUUCAGACUCACUACCUCUGCAGCUGUGUGAUGGGCUUCUCGGGCCUUCUCUGUUCUGUCGAUAUCAAUGAAUGUAUAAGUUCUCCGUGUCUUAAUGGUGCCACCUGUAUGGAUGAUGUUAACUAUUACACCUGCAUUUGUGCUAUUGGCUGGGAAGGAGACACAUGUCAAACAGAAACUGACGCAUGCGCGACCUCCCCUUGCUCUAACGGUGGACAAUGUAAAAACAAAUAUACAUAUUUUGUAUGCGAGUGCCAAGACGGGUUUACUGGUGAUACUUGCGAAAUCGAUGUGAAUGAAUGUGCAAGUAACCCAUGUUUGAAUGGUGGAACGUGUGUUGACGAUAUCAACGGUUUUAUCUGCACAUGCUCAGAAGAAUAUAGGGGCAUUGAGUGUCAGACAAAAUCCGGUUGCAGUUACAAUUAUACUCUAGACCUUAAUGACGUAGUCAAAAUUCAAUCGCCAAAUUAUCCUGACAAUUAUAACGACAACGAGAUUUGUCAAUGGGUUGUCAGUGCUCCUCGAGCCAGCGCACUUCUUGUCCAACCAGAAUCGUUUGCGUUAGAGAUGAACUAUGAUUGGUUAAUGAUGGGUCACGGUAAUGAUGUUGGUAACUCAAGUGCAGAAAUGCUCCAAAUUACGGGCUACGCAAGAUCUAUCAACUUUUUAUCUGACGAAAAUAUGAUGUGGUUUACAUUUGAAUCUGAUGACGAUAAGACAGAGAGUGGAUUUUCAUUUUCGAUACAGGCUGUGAUGCAAAAUGACUCUAUUGAUGAGUGUUUGAGCAACCCUUGCCACAACGGAGCCACGUGCCUAGAUGGAAUAAAUGAGUAUGCUUGUUACUGCCAGCAUGGCUUUGAAGGUGUUUCAUGUGAGGACGAAUGUGAUCCGAACCAUUGCUAUAACAACCCAUGCCCAAUCGGGUCGGAAUGUUUUAGCAACGGCAAGAAAUUUAUCUGCAUCUGCCCGCCUGACGUAGAUGGCACUCUUUGCAUCGAUCCAUCAGAAGUUGAUCCUUGCAGAUACUCUCCUUGUUCGAAUGGAGCUACCUGUGUCGUUGGCGAAGACGGUAUAGGCUUUAGUUGUGUAUGCUCUGAUGGUUGGCAGGGCCCUUUCUGUGACGUGGACAUCAACGAAUGUGAAAGUUGCCCAUGCCAACACCAAGGAACCUGUGUAAAUGCCUUCAACCAUUUCGUUUGUAUUUGUAACAUUGGCUGGACUGGCUUCACUUGCGAAAUACCUGUUGAUCCAACUGUCUGUUCUAGUGGUCCUUGUUGCAAUGGCGCCACGUGUAUCGCUGAGGAGAACUCGUACCAGUGUGUGUGUCCUCCUGGAUUCCAUGGUAACCGAUGUGAAACUGAUGUUGAUGAGUGUAGCAGCAACCCCUGCCAAAAUGGUGGACUGUGUAUCAAUGGCAUUGAUGAAUUCAUUUGUAUGUGUCCGUAUGGUCACCAACAAGGAAUUUAUUGCGAAACAUCCAUUUGUGACUUAAGUCCCUGCCUCAAUGGCGGAUCCUGUCAGCAUAUGUCAGACUUAUUCUUCUCCUGCAUGUGCCCACCAGGAUUUAUGGGUUCCUACUGCAAUAUGCUAACCACAAUGCUAUGCGACAAUCAAUUCUGCAAUGAUCGAGGGAUUUGUGUAAUCACACAUGAUGGAGAGCAGAUAUGUAGUUGCGGAGAAGGGUACACGGGCAAGAGAUGUGAAAACAGUACUGACUAUUGCCUGAACCACAGGUGUCAGAAUGGUGGGGAAUGUACUAUACUAGACGGAGGCUAUCGAUGUUUGUGUCAGCCUGGCUAUAACGGUGCCUACUGUCAAACACAAAUGAAUCCAUGUCAGUCUAACCCGUGUAUGAACGGUGGAACUUGUGCUAAUUACGUCACGUAUUUUAAAUGUGUCUGCGUAGAAAACACUAUCGGACCAAUGUGUAGCAUCGAUCCGAAUGCAAUAAAUGCAAUAAAUAGUGUCAAUAGCGCCAUCACCGAUCAAUCUUCAUCGGAGAUGGAUGCCCACUGGAUCGUUGUUGUAGCCAUCCUUGGUACCAUAAUCCUUCUGCUUGGAACAGUGAUGACGUACCUGAUAUCCAGAAAUAACAAAAAAGAUUUAGUCAGUGCGUAAGAAGAGUACAUUUUAGUCUAAAAAUGGCGUUACAGAGCAAGAUUUUUAUUUUUUUACAUUACGAAAAAAAGUGUUUCUACCCUUCACUUCAUUCUACAGAUACCGUAAUUGAUUUAAAUAGUUAACAAGCUGGACAUUUUAAAAUAAUUAUUAGAACGUUAUAGGCCUGCAUUAAAACUUUAUUACAUAUCUUCAGAUGUUAAAACUGUAUUCGAUCAUUGGAGUUGACCAGUAGGUUUUAGUGAUGACAUCUACGAUUAGAUUCUUCUUUUUCCUAUGAUAAUUAUUAUUGUUGUUAUUUUUAUUAUUAUUACCAGUUGUUGAAAUAACUAUGUCUAAAUUAAAUUGAAAAACUUGCAUAGAAAGACAAAUUCUCAUUCAUAACUAAUGAUUAUAAUAUAAUAAUUUGGCAUUUUUUGGCCAAACUAUAGAGUGCAAAUGUAAUCAUGUGAUUUGUGUUUACUUUUCAACUGGUAAUAUAUUGUUAUGGGGCCUAGGCCAUUAUUUAGAAGUUAGCCUACAGUAUAUAAUAUUUACCGCGUAUGAAUUAUGUAAAACCCUCGGAACUUAUACUGAAGCUGCGAUCCCAAACAGAUCUGAUCCGUUUCCCAGCCUGGGAACCUGAAUGAAUACAUACCCAGGGGCGAAUC